AGUCGGCUCUAUCAAAACCCCCCACACCGUCCCCUCUUUCUCUCUCUCUCAAAUUCUCUCUCUCACACUCGCUCCCUUGAGAGAGAGACGGCAAGAACUCCCAAUACCUCCUAUGAGAAAAUUCUACCUCUGAUUUUCUCGGUGUCCAAGCAGAAAAUGUCUCACGCGGUUUUCCAUACGGCGCAAUUUAUGCCCAUAAAGACCUUGGCUUCGAAGCCCAAGGUGGGGCCUUUUUUACCGGUUGUGCAUCCGGUGGCCGAUAAGAUGUGCCGGAGGGGACUGGUGCUGAGGGCCUCCGCUUCGUCGUCCUCGGCCCAGGUGGGUGGGGACUCCGUUGGUCUGUUGGAGCGCUGCUUUGUAGCGCCACCGACACCUGGCGGUUCCGAUUCUGCUUCGGCGGUGAUGGUUGCUCCGGUUAUGAAGGGGCAGUACGGUGCGUUAGGUUCGGUUACUCUGGAGAAGGGCAAGCUCGAUAUGUCUCAGAAGCAAUCCCAGUCUAGCCCCGAGACUGCAAUUGGGGGAGGUGGUGGAGAUAUUGGAAAGAAAAUAAAUCAUGGUGGUGGUGAUGGUGGUGAUGACGAUGGCGACGACGACGAUUACUUUGACGACUUCGAUGACGGCGAUGAAGGAGAUGAGGGAGGCCUAUUUAGGAGAAGGAAAUUUAUUGAGGAGCUUUUUGAUCGUAAAUUUGUGGAUGCGGUGUUACAUGAGUGGCAGCGGACAAUGAUGGAUUUGCCUGCUGGAUUCCGCCAAGCUUAUGAAAUGGUAUAG